ACAAGAGACGUAAUUACGGAAUUCAGACGGAAAUUUGAAGGAUAUUCAGUCUUUAAUUUCAGAACUAUCGAGGGAAACGUGUGCCAAAACGUGGUUGUAGAAAUUCAUAACGCAUCCACAGUACAUUUUGUGCUAAAAGAUUUACAGGUCCCUUCUGUUGUUACACAAAUUUUUACCGAAUACCGCGGAACAAAUACGUCUUGCUACUACCCAGCUUUCCCUGUCCUGGCAGACCAGCCGUUGCGAUUGUUUCCAACAGGUGAUCGCUGCGGGACCGGCCAGAACCUGAUCAAGUUUGGGAUCAAUACAACUGCUCAGUGCUUGGUGG